CUGCACUUUCAGAAACUCAAGAUUUGAGAAAGGCUAGCAAAGAGCAAGGCAAGAGAGAAAACAAUAAAGUCGGAAGCCCAUCAAGAGUGAAAGGGUAAGGUUACAAUUAGCUGCCGUUCUGCAAACCUUAGCUGGGCAUAUCCAGAUUCCCCCAAAGGUAGAUCCUUCCUCACCCAGGCCCAAGAAAGAUGCUGAAAAAGACUCUCUCAGCUGUGACCUGGCUCUGUAUUUUCGUCGUGGCCUUUGUCAGCCACCCAGUGUGGCCACAGAAGCCCCCUAAGCUCAAGACACCUGCACAGCUCAAAGUGGCCGCCUGCUGCGAGGAGGUGAAGGAGCUCAAGGCCCAAAUUGCCAACCUAAGCAGUCUGCUGAAUGAACUGAGCAAGAAGCAGGAGAGGGACUGGGUCAGCGUGGUCAUGCAGGUGAUGGAACUGGAGAGCAACACCAAGCGCAUGGAGUCGCGGCUCACAGACGCCGAGAGCAAGUACUCUGAAAUGAACAAUCAGAUUGACAUUAUGCAGCUGCAGGCAGCACAGACUGUCACUCAGACCUCAGCAGAUGCCAUCUAUGACUGCUCGUCCCUCUACCAGAAGAACUACCGCAUCUCUGGAGUGUAUAAGCUUCCUCCCGAUGACUUCCUGGGCAGCCCUGAGCUGGAGGUAUUCUGUGACAUGGAGACAUCAGGUGGCGGCUGGACCAUCAUUCAGAGACGAAAGAGUGGCCUUGUCUCUUUCUACCGGGACUGGAAACAGUACAAGCAGGGCUUUGGCAGCAUCCGUGGGGACUUCUGGCUGGGGAAUGAACAUAUCCACCGGCUCUCCAGAAGGCCAACCCGGCUCCGUGUGGAGAUGGAGGACUGGGAGGGCGACCUGCGCUACGCUGAGUACAGCCACUUUGUUUUGGGCAAUGAACUGAACAGCUAUCGCCUCUUCCUGGGGAACUACAGUGGCAACGUGGGGAAGGAUGCCCUCAUCUAUCACAACAACACCGCCUUCAGCACCAAGGACAAGGACAACGACAACUGCUUAGACAAGUGCGCACAGCUCCGCAAAGGUGGAUACUGGUACAACUGCUGCACAGACUCCAACCUCAAUGGAGUCUACUACCGCCUUGGAGAGCACAACAAGCACCUGGACGGCAUCACCUGGUACGGCUGGCACGGGUCCAGCUACUCCCUCAAACGAGUGGAGAUGAAAAUCCGCCCAGAAGACUUCAAGCCCUAAAAGGAGGCCUGCUGUGGAGGAGGGCUGGAGAAAUGGAGACAGAUGGAGGCUGCACAAGGGUGGAGAAGGAGAGGAAGAGAGCCUAGACAGGGUGGGGGUGGAAAAUGGCCUAUAAUCUCCCCUGAAAGAGUAAGUCUCUGGGCAGCACAAAAAAAUUAUAUGUACCAAGGAUGUUACAGUAAAUGGGAUGAAGUAUUUAAUUAACACAGUGGGUCCUGACACAUACUUCUCAGGGGGCUGGCCUGAGUGGGCUCUCUGCCUGCGAUCUCUGACACAGCAGCAGCUUCUCUUUUCCACAUGAUUUUUCUGUAAAAAGAAUAAUCGUGAGACCACUUGAUCCAUUUACUCUAAGGCCUAAAUUAUGUGAGGGCAGAAAACAAAGCCCUUUGCUAA